AUGAAGCCAAUUGCCAAGGAAAAUGACUCCUUAGUGACACAGUUUAUCCUUAUGGGCUUAAUAGAUGAACCUAAGCUGCAACUGCCCCUAUUUUUCCUGUUCUUGGUGAACUACACAGUCACUGUGGUGGGAAACAUGAGCUUAAUUGUUCUAAUUUUCCUGAAUUCACACCUUCACACCCCCAUGUACUUUUUCCUCUUUAAUCUGUCAUGCAUUGAUUUCUGUUAUUCAUUUGUCUUCACCCCCAAAAUGUUGAUGAGCUUUGUUUCAGAGAGAAAUAUCAUCUCCUUUGCAGGAUGCAUGACUCAGCUAUUUUUCUUCUGUUUUUUUGUCAACUCAGAGUGCUACGUGCUGACAGCCAUGGCCUAUGAUCGCUAUGUGGCCAUCUGUCAACCUCUGCUGUACACAGUUGUCAUGUCCCCUCGGGUCUGUUCUCUGCUGAUGUUGGGCUCUCACUUGAUGGGGUUUGCAGGUGCUCUCGUCCACACAGGGUGCAUGAUGAGGCUCAGCUUUUGUGAUUCCAACAUCAUCAACCACUACAUGUGUGACAUCUUCCCUCUCCUUCAACUUUCCUGCAGCAGCACCUACAUCAAUGAGCUUGUGAGUUCUGUUGUUGUGGGGACAGUUGUCAGUGUAUCUAGCCUCAUUAUAUUCAUCUCCUAUGCUUUGAUUCUUUAUAAUGUUCAUAUGUCAUCAGCUAAGGGCUGGUCCAAAGCCAUGAGCACCUGUGGAUCUCACAUAGUAACUGUUGGCCUCUUCUAUGGAUUUGGACUUCUCACUCAUAUUAAACCAUCAACUGCUGGGACUUUGGGUGAAGGUAAAUUUCUCUCAGUGUUUUAUACUUUUGGAGUGCCAAUGCUGAACCCACUCAUUUAUAGCUUCAGAAAUAAGGAUGUCAAACUUGCUCUGAAGAGAACCCUGAAGAGAAUCACAAACUGA